CUAACUGUGUUUCUGAUUUCCUAUAUCAUUAUUAUUUAUAUCAAAUACCACUCCAAGUGCCAAAUUUGUCUGUAAAUAAACAUCACGCAAUGCGCAGGCAUGGCUGUUAAUUUAAGAAACGGAGUUUCUAUGCCGUUAAUUGGAUUUGGUACAUUCAGAAUCAAAGGACCUGAGACCAUUUUAAAAUGCCUUGAUGCUGCAUUAAAAGCAGGGUAUAGAUUAAUAGAUUCUGCAGUGAUUUAUCAUAAUGAAGAGGACAUUGGAUCAGCCCUUGGAGAGCUUUUACCCAAAUUCAAACUACAAAGAACUGAUUUAUUUCUAACAUCGAAACUGUCCCCCCGAAACCAAGGAUACCAGCCAUGCAUUGAUUCAGUGAAAAGGUCUCUUGGUCUUUUGAAAACCAACUACUUGGACUUGUAUUUAAUUCACUGGCCUGGGACUGGUGGGAAAAAAGUAGAUAAUGUGGUUAACAUCCAAAUGAGACAAGAAAGUUGGAAGGCACUAGAAGACUGCUAUGAUAAAGGCCUUAUUAAAGCAAUUGGAGUGUCCAAUUACUGUUUGAAACAUCUAGAAGAAAUGAAAUCUUAUGCUCGGACUUUUCCCCAUGUGCUUCAGGUUGAGCACCACCCACACUAUGUCCAACCAGAACUUGUAGAAUAUUGUGCCCACCACAAUAUUCAUUACCAGGCCUACUCAUCUUUGGGUACCACAGUAGAUGACAACCGUAACCCAUUGUUAAACGAUGAAGUGGUUAAAGAAAUUGCCAAAAACCAUAACAAAUCUCCUGCCCAGAUCCUUUUAAGAUGGGCAACACAACAGGGAAUUGGAGUGUUACCCAAAUCACUUGAUCCUGCUCAUGUUGAAGAAAACAUUGCACUAGACUUUCUUUUGGAUGAAAAAGAAAUAAAUCGCCUGAAUACCCUGGAUACGCGAUGCAAAUAUGCAUGGGAUCCAAGCAUCGUGAUAUAAUAUUCCAUAUACUUUCUAUGAUUUCCUGUAUUUGUCAUUUUCGAAUAAAACACGGAAAUUUACGACGAUUAAA